AUGUAUCUCAGCAAGCUCCUCACCCUAACUUCCCUCCUCAUCGGCGCCUCCUCUGCCGCCAUCAUCAAACGCGACUGCGCCGCCACCUGCGGCAGCCACUGCUACUCCUCAGACGAGAUCAACGCCGCCGUGCAGCAGGGCUACUCUCUCGAGCAGAGCGGCAACGAGGCGGGCGACUACCCGCACGAGUACAAGGACUACGAGGGCUUCAACUUCCCUGUUCCGGGGCCUUACUACGAGUUUCCGAUCCUUGCAGACGGACAGACCUAUGACGGUGGCAGCCCCGGUGCGGACCGUGUCAUUUUCAACGAUAGUGGUGAGCUGGCGGGUGUGAUUACUCAUACUGGUGCUUCGGGGGAUGGGUUUGUGCAGUGUCAGUGA